AUGCUACCCCUCUCGUCCCCCAAUGCUACCCCUCUCUUCCCCCAAUGCUACCCCUCUCGUCCCCCAAUGCUACCCCUCUCGUCCCCCAAUGCUACCCCUCUCGUCCCCCAAUGCUACCCCACUCGUCCCCCAAUGCUACCCCUCUCGGCCCCCAAUGCUACCCCUCUCGUCCCCCAAUGCUACCCCUCUCGUCCCCCAAUGCUACCCCUCUCGGCCCCCAAUGCUACCCCUCUCGUCCCCCAAUGCUACCCCUCUCUUCUCCCAAUGCUACCCCUCUCGUCCCCCAAUGCUACCCCUCUCGUCCCCCAAUGCUACCCCUCUCGUCCCCCAAUGCUACCCCUCUCGUCCCCCAAUGCUACCCCUCUCUUCCCCCAAUGCUACCCCUCUCUUCCCCCAAUGCUACCCCUCUCGUCCCCCAAUGCUACCCCUCUCUUCCCCCCCUGCUACCCCUCUCUUCCCCCCCUGCUACCCCUCUCUUCCCCCCCUGCUACCCCUCUCUUCCCCCCCUGCUACCCCUCUCUUCCCCCCCUGCUUCCGCUCCUUUUCUCCCCUCUUGCUUGUCCUCUCCUCUCGCAUCUUGUCUCCCCCUCUCUCAUCCCUCCCCAUCCUCUUGCAUCCCGCCCCCCCCUCUCUCAUCCCUCCCCAUCCUCUCGCAUCCCAUCUCCCCCUCGCUCAUCCCUUCCCCUCUCGCGACAGUACUUCGCGCGCGCCCAUGCCUUCGCGCCUCAACCUCGCCAAGGAUGGGCGCCCGCGGGUCUGCAGACGGCCUUCCCAGACUCACGGGCGCCUGCAGCAGUCGCAUCGCCGGGGGGCGGGGGUAGGGCGCGGGCCAGUGGGGCGGAAGGAUUCCAUCACUUCCUCUUGCUCUGUCCUCCCUUCCCUCCCAUCUCUCCCCCCCCUUCCCAUCCAGACUCCCCACUACGCAUUGUGCAGGGUGAAGCUAUUCACCUCCCUCAGCCGCCACCCGCUCUGCUGGCCCGCCCAUCGCUACUCCUCCCUCUGGCGACCCCCCAUCUGCCAUCCGUCACCACCCACUCCCCUCCCUCUGCCCCCCAUCCAUCAGCCGGUUCUCCCAGCCUUGCCGCUCCCUCAUCUGCACCACUAUCUGCCACACCUCCCUCUGCCGUCCGAACCCCUCUUACUCCACCCUCUGCUCCCCCACGUCGCAUUCGCCGCAGUCGCUCCCUCCAAAGCGACUCCACAAACGAGCGAGAUGUCCUGCUUCCCCCUUCUCCCCCUUUUUCGUCCCCCUUUCAUCCCCCCUCCACACGUUCUCUGUAUCACGUUUUCGUUCCGCCUUCUCCCCCUAUUUCGUUCCCCUUUCAUCCCCCUCCACACGUUCUCUGUCUCACGCCCUGCCUCCCCCUUCUCCCUCUCUUUCUUUCCCCCUACGUCCCCCUCCACGCGUUCUCUGUCUCACGCCCUGCUUCCCCCUUCUCCCCCUGUUUCCUUCCCCUUUCAUCCCCCUCCACACGUUCUCUGUCUCACGCCCUGCCUCCCCCUUCUCCCUCUCUUUCUUUCCCCCCUACGUCCCCCUCCACGCGUUCUCUGUCUCACGCCCUGCUUCCCCCUUCUCCCCCUGUUUCCUUCCCCUUUCAUCCCCCUCCACGCGUUCUCUGUCUCACGCCCUGCUUCCCCCUUCUCCCCCUGUUUCCUUCCCCUUUCAUCCCCCUCCACGCGUUCUCUGUCUCACGCCCUGCCUCCCCCUUCUCCCUCUCUUUCUUUCCCCCUACGUCCCCCUCCACGCGUUCUCUGUCUCACGCCCUGCUUCCCCCUUCUCCCUCUCUUUCUUCCCCCCUACGUCCCCCUCCACGCGUUCUCUGUCUCACGCCCUGCCUCCCCCUUCUCCCUCUCUUUCUUUCCCCCUACAUUCCCCACUAUGCGUUCUCUGUAUCACGCCCUGCUUCCCCCUUCUCCCUCUCUUUCUUUCCCCCUACAUUCCCCACCAUGCGUUCUCUGCCUUACACACUGCUUCCGACUUUUCUUGCACUCCCCGCUUUCGGCAUUGCCACCCGUGCGGUUCCGCUCGAAGCGCGCUCGAAGGCGGAGUAG